AUGGCCAAGAAGUUGUGGCCAAAGUGCCUAAUCCGAAUGCUGGCAUUCCGCACUUUACUACGGCCGGCGAGGUCGCCACGAUGGACUUUAAAAAUACUUGACACUCCAGCCCGUCGGGUCUACGCGUGGAACUCACAAGCAAAAUCGCACCCCGUUGGGGCUGAAUUCAUCAUCAUGGAUAAAGCUGAGGGUGUUCCUCUGUCCCAACAAUGGCUGAACGUUUCAUUUUCUCAUUACGGCAGUCUGUACUAUGUGGGAGACGUACAACCACCAGCAGGAAACUACUAUGUCAAGGAUGGCAAGCCUGUAAGGGGGUCGGAGUUCGCUAUUGGCCCAGCUACAGGUCGCGACUGGUUUGAUGCAAACCGAUCAAGUUUAGAUAUCGAGAGAGGACCAUGGGCAUCGCUAACGCAAUAUCUGCGAGCGGUCGGUGUGCGAGAAGCGAAUGCAAUCCGGUCUUUGAAGCUUCCAAAACAAAAUGCCUUGUUCUGUGGCCCAGAGCUCUAUGUACCGGAUUCGGAAAAGAAACUGAUUGCCUUGGCAAGGUAUCAACAAAUUGUCGACACCCUUAUCCCAAAGGACACUACUAUCACUACUCCAUAUCUCUGGCAUAAUGAUUUGCAUGAUGACAAUAUCUUCGUAGAUCCGAAUAAUCCUGAAAAGAUCACGGGAAUCAUCGACUGGCAGUCUUGUCAUAUCUCGCCUCUGUUCAACCAAAACCCCGACCCGGCAUUUCUCGACUGGGAUGGCCUCGAGCCCGAGACACUCGACCUGGCACCACGGCCGCAACUUGCAGGUCUUUCCCCCGAAGAGAGGUCCGCAGCUGUGCACGAGUAUCCGUUCAAAACGUGUUCAUCGGAUGGCGGAAACUCAUGCAUGCCAAAAACCCCGAUCUGUAUCGAGCAGUGGAAUUCCGAAAGACUGCGGCACUUACUUGCUACCACGAGCGAAACCCCAUUCUCAUUCGAGUUUUCGGAAGCUGACAUCGAGCGUAUCAAACUGGAUUGUGAUGGCGCGGUAGCGGGCACCGAGCUUGCUGCAGCAGCUAAGGAGAGACUAGGUGAUCUGUGGCCGGACAAAGGUUUCAUUGAGCACGAGCAAUGCGAUGAUUGCAAAGCAGCCCUUGACCAAGUCAAAGCUCAGAUAUUGGAACAACUGGCUGAGAAUGACGAGGAGAAAGCUGAAUACGAGCGUUAUUGGCCAUUUGAUUGA